AUGGGAAAUGACGCACAAGUAGAGAUAACGAAGAAUUCAAACGACUGCGUCUCUGAAAGCACAAACGAAUUCAAUGUUACGAACAGAACAAUUACUAUUUUAGAUUACAAGGGAUUGCUGUGGUCAUGCUCUCUAAGAAGAAUAUGUUUAACUGCCCUUUGGCUUCCACUAGGUGCUUUAAUAUUUUGUUACGUGACAGCAUCUAUUUUCCAAGCAGAUGAUAUACAUGAAACACAUUGUAAAGUUUAUAAUGUAGUACCAUCAAUAAGUGCAAUUACGGGGAUCAGUCCACAAAAAUAUAUAUGGAGAAUUUGCAUCGCGUACCACCUUGGACCAAGACUGUUAAUAGGUUCACUUUACUAUAACUACCAUAAAGAGCGCACUUCGCAUCUAACUGAGGAAAAGAUGCGUGUUUUAGCGACAAAAUUAGGAGAGGCAUGUUACUGGUUAAACUUAAUUGAAUUAUUUGCUCUCACGGGCGUAACUUACGUUUCCAACAGAGAAAACUAUUUCAUACAUGAAAAAAUUUUCAUUGUUUUCAUGAUAGCAACUUUACUUCACAUGCUUUGCCGCGCUCGUGUUGGUUGCAUAGGCAGUCAUGCCGUGGAGCCCGUGCGUACUAAUAAGAUUGUAUGGAUAUUGUUUAUUGUAGCGAUAGCUGCUACUCUUGGCCUUGUUUUCUUCUUUCUAAGGCACCGACUGUUAUGUCGACCCCUCGCCUUUACGUGGUUUUCUGUAUGUGAGUACAUACUGGCUACUGCAAAUAUGGCUUUUCACGCUGUUGUGGUACGGGAUCUCCCCGUACACGAACUGCAAGUGAUAUGCCCCACUCAUCACAAGACCAACUAAAUUAUAAUUUAAUGUAUGAAAAUAGAAUUAAAAGUUAUAAAUAUUUAG